AUGGCUGCAAGGUGUGGCCCGACGGGCAGAGGGGUUCUUCUCCUGGGGCUGGGGCUGUCCAUCCUGCUGCCCCGCGCAGGCUGUGGCCCCCAGCCCUCUUGGGGCUACGCUGCCUACGAGAUAGUCGUCCCGAGCAAACUCGGCCCCAAGGCAGGGAAAGCCGGCCCCGACGAAGUGUCCUAUAGCCUCAGCAUUGAGGGGGUGAAUUACACGAUUUGCCUCAGGCAGAAAGACUUUGUAAUAAAAAAAUUCCCUGUCUUCACUCGUGACUCGCGAGGGGAAAUCGUGGCCAACCAGCCCCACGUGCCAGCAGAUUGCUAUUACCACGGCUACGUGGAAGGCGUCGCAGGGUCCGCGGUGACUCUGACCGCCUGCGCCGGGCUCAGAGGACUGCUGCAGGUGGGGGACUCCAGCUGCAGCAUCGAGCCCCUCGCAGCUUCCACCAUGGCCGAGCAUCUGUUGCAGAGAGAGGAGGUGGUUCCUGGAACGGUGAUGUACAAAAUGUCCAACGAAGGGGGACAAUUUCCAGGUCCUGGUACAGCGAGAGGGCUGUUCCAGCCCCGGAGGCACACGCGCUAUUUGGAGCUCCUCGUCGUGGUGGACAAGGCAGGGUUUGACACCUUUGGCAGAAGCAUAACCAAUGUGACCAAGAAAGUUAUUGAAAUAAUCAAUCUGGUGGAUGGACUGUUUUAUUCUUUCCGCCUUCGUGUUUUGAUAACUGCACUCGAGGUUUGGGUGGAGAAGAACCCUAUCCGUGUUACAGAAAACAUAACCGAGGUCCUUCAUAAUUUUAAUCUUUGGCGGAAGAAGCAGAGCCGCGUGUACGCCGUGCAUGACGUGAUGUGUCUGUUUGGUCACGGUACGAGAGCACUGCACGUGGGUGGCGAGUCCAACUUUGCCAGCGCAUGCGACAGAGCACGCGCCUCGGCUGUUGUAUCGUUUGCCAAACGGCCUUACAUGGACACUGCUGUCCACGUCGCUCGUGCGGUAGGGUACGUCCUUGGCAUGAACCAUGAUGCUGGAGACUGCAGAUGUGAAAACACCUCUAAAUGCAUCACGAGCGCGCACGGCACAGUGAACUAUCAGUUCAGCAACUGCAGCAAAAAGCACUAUUUGCAAUUUGUGGCAUCAGGGCAAGGAUUCUGCCUUAAUAACGCCCCAGAAUCGCUAAGGACAUUUGCACAGCGGCGCUGCGGGAAUGGUGUCCUGGACGCUGGGGAGGAGUGCGACUGCGGCUCAGAAGCACUGUGUAAACUGGACCGUUGCUGUGACAGUAACUGUUGGAAAAAAGAAGGAGCCAUUUGCACUUCUGGAGGCUGCUGUAAGAACUGCAAGCCUCUUCCAGAAGGAGAAGUGUGUAGGGAGAGUGCCCAUCCGUGUGACUUGCCCGAGUAUUGCAAGGGGACAUCUGAGCAUUGCCCAGCAGAUGUGGCCAAGCAGGAUGGGACCGUGUGCGCCGAGGACGGGUACUGCUAUUCAGGGAAGUGCCAGUCGCACACCUUACAGUGUAUGCGGAUCUUUGGCAAGGAAGCAAAGGCUGCUCCACUGCUGUGCUUCCAGGAGGUGAACAUGAAAGGCGACCGGUUCGGCAAUUGCUGGGGCGACGGGGCAGAGGUCAACUUUCAGAAGUGUAAGCUGGAAAAUGUCUUAUGUGGGAGGGUGUGGUGUACGAAUGUUAGACAUCUGCCUCAGCUGGAAGAUCACACAAGCAUCGUUCAGACUCUGGUGGGCGAUACCUGGUGCUGGGGCACAGACUACCACUUGGGUGUGGACGUUCUGGAUGCUGGAGCCAUCAGGGACGGCACGCAGUGCGGGGAGAAGAUGAUCUGCGUUAAUCGGACGUGCGUUCCCAAGGAGAAGUACUUGACAUCCCGCUGUUCUGCCGAGAGAACGUGUGGAGGAAAAGGAGUCUGCAACACGAGAGGGAACUGCCACUGCGACAGCGGCUGGGCACCUCCCCACUGCGAGGUCCUCGGCUUCGGAGGAGGUGUGGACAGUGGGCCCGCACCGGUCACUAAAAAGGGGCUUACUAGGUUCAUCUUUGAGAUUAUCGGAAUAACCCUUGCUGUUCUGGUACUCACAGCACUUGUCGUUGUGCACGUGAGAAAGCUCAGAGCAACCCGAGCAUGGAACAGACUCGUCAGAUGCUUUGGAGCUAAAGAAUGGGCUCCUGAGGAGCAUGUGAAGGACCGGGCAGAAGCUGAUGCCUCCAGGCCAGGUGAGAGUCAGAACUGCCCUGUGUAG